CUUCAUUGAUCUAGAACAAAGGGAAAACAUCGUGAACAAGCUCAAUCUAGGUCAUAUCAAGAAGCAGCUCCCACCGGAACGUCCAUAUAUACUUGCUUUGACUCGCACAGUGUCUAUGAACUCUCUGUUUCGGCGAUCGUCUCGUCUUUAUUCCACAAUGGCUGCUUCUUCGAACCCCGCCUCAUCGCCCUUCACCCAGGCUGUCGUGAGCUCCAUGAGGAAGCUCUAUCCUGAGUCAUUGGCCGACAAAAGCUGGGACAACACCGGCCUACUCCUCGAGGCCCCCUUCAACGCAUCGCGCCGCCAGAAGAACUCCGUUCUCCUAGCAAUUGACCUGACCAAAGCCGUCGCCGACGAGGCCAUUGCGCGCCGCGACUCCAUCGUCGUAGCCUACCACCCCAUCAUCUUCCGCGGCCUCAAAUCCCUGACCUUCACGGACCCGCAACAACAGACCCUCCUCCGCCUGGCCUCCGAAGGCAUCAGCGUGUACUCGCCGCACACGGCGAUCGACGCGACCCCGGGGGGCAUGGCCGACUGGCUGUGCGACAUCGUGACCGGCGCCAUCAUCACGCCCGCCACCCCGACAAAACCCACCUUGACACAAUCCUCGUCCGCCACGUACUCCCACCCGGUCUACCCCGCCCCGCAACCGGCCACCCAGGCAACCAAAGUCCCCAAGCACACCCGCCACACCAUCCUCCCGUCCCCGCCGCCACUCCCCGAAGGCGUCGAGGACACGGCCGGCAUGGGCCGCAUCGUGACCUUCACGGACCCGGAGCCGCUGACCGCCAUCAUCGACCGCAUCGCCCAGGGCGUCGGGUUCCCCGGCGGGAUCCCCAUCGCCAUCCCGCAGGGUGCCUCGGUGGAUGCGCUGAAGAUCCGCACGGUGGGCGUGUGCCCCGGCUCCGGGUCCGGCGUGCUGAUGAAGAAAUCCCCGAUCCCCGAUCUGCUGUUCACGGGCGAGCUGAGCCACCACGAGGCGCUGGCGGCCAUCGAGCGCGGGUCCGUGGUCGUGGCGCUGGCGCAUUCGAACACCGAGCGCGGGUACUUGCGGGCCGUGAUGCGCGAGAAGUUGGCCAAGGAGGUGGAGGAGACCUGGCGGGUGCGGAGGGAGGAAGGGCAGCAGCAGCAGAAGGAUGCGGAGGGGGGAUUGAAGGAGGUGUUUGCCGAUGGCUCGUGCGAGGUGGCGGUUAGUGAGAAGGAUCGGGAUCCGUAUGGGAUUAUGGUGAGACAGGGUUAGAGUUUUUGAAGAAGACCCAUGUGGUGGGGACUUGGGUGGAAAUGAGCAUGAGAUACCUUCGUGUAAGUUGGGUCUCUUGCCGAGAGAGAAUAAU